UGUGGAAAUGGAACCAAAUUCUCUGAGGACUAAAGUCCCAGCUUUCUUAUCUGACUUGGGGAAGGCCACAUUAAGAGGUAUCAGAAAGUGUCCUCACUGUGGCACGUACAACGGAACCCGCGGACUGAGCUGUAAGAACAAGACGUGUGGAACCAUCUUCCGCUAUGGAGCUCGGAAACAGCCUAGUGCUGAAGCUGUCAAAAUCAUCACAGGCUCUGAGCUGCAGGUCUACUCAGUACGGCAGAGGGACCGGGGACCAGAUUAUCGAUGCUUUGUGGAACUAGGUGUUUCAGAGACAACAAUCCAGACGGUAGAUGGGACAGUCAUCACUCAGCUGAGCUCUGGACGGUGUUAUGUCCCCUCAUGCCUGAAAGCUGCCAACCAAGGUGUUGUGGAAAACCAGUGCCAGCACAUUAAGCUUGCAGGGAGCUGCCAGGCUGAGGCCACCCCUCUCACCCUAAAAAGUUCUGUACUGAAUGCAAUGCAGGCCUCCCCGGAAACCAAACAGACCAUCUGGCAACUGGCUACAGAACCCACAGGCCCAUUGGUACAAAGGAUUACAAAAAAUAUUUUGGUGGUGAAAUGCAAGGCAAGCCAGAAGCACAGUUUGGGCUAUUUGCAUGCAUCCUUUGUGCAGAAAAUUGGUGCCAAAAGCUUACCUGAACGCCGCUUCUUUUGCUCCUGCCAGACUCUGAAAUCACACAAGUCAAACGCCUCCAAGGAUGAGAUUACCCAGAGGUGCAUUCAUUUCUUUGCUUGCAUCUGUGCCUUUGCCAGUGAUGAGGCAUUGACUCAGGAAUUCUCAGAGUUCCUCAAUUUUGAUUCCAGCGGUCUUAAAGAGAUUAUUGUGCCCCAAUUAGGUUGCCACUCAGAGUCAACAGUAUCAGCUGCCUCUAAACCAAAGAGGAAGAAAAAGGAAGAAAUACCUGGUGCACCAACAGACAGUUUGCUGUUACCUCAAGAUGCAAUAAGCAGCAAUUUAAGGAAAAGCGGCCUGAAAAAGCCUGUGGUUGCGUCUUCCUUAAAAAGACAAUCCUGUGGUCAACUGCUAGAUGAGGCACAAGUGACUUUGUCCUUCCAGGACUGGCUGGCCAGCGUGACAGAACGCAUCCAUCAAACUAUGCACUAUCAAUUUGAUGGCAAACCAGAGCCAUUGGUGUUCCACAUUCCUCAGUCCUUUUUUGAUGCCCUGCAACAGAGAAUCUCUAUAGGAAGUGCAAAGAAACGGCUCCCCAACUCCACUACAGCUUUUGUUCGGAAAGAUGCCUUACCAUUGGGAACCUUUUCCAAGUAUACCUGGCACAUCACUAACAUCUUACAAGUCAAACAAAUCUUGGAUACCCCGGAGAUGCCCUUGGAAAUCACCCGGAGCUUUAUCCAGAACCGAGAUGGGACUUUCGAGCUAUUUAAGUACCCUAAAGUGGAAGUAGAGAGCAUAGCAGAAACCUAUGGCCGGAUAGAAAAGCAACCUGUGCUGCGGCCCUUGGAACUAAAAACUUUCCUCAAAGUUGGCAAUACUUCUCCAGAUCAGAAAGAGCCAACACCUUUCAUCAUCGAAUGGAUCCCAGAUAUUCUUCCUCAAUCCAAGAUUGGUGAGCUUCGCAUCAAGUUUGAGUAUGGUCACCACCGCAAUGGCCAUGUGGCGGAAUACCAGGACCAGCGGCCCCACUUGGACCAGCCCUUGGAACUGGCCCCUCUAACCACCAUCACGUUCCCCUGAGACAAAACAAAAGCAUUUUAUGCUGCUAAAUUUGCACAUCCCCAUCCUUUGGUAACUUUAAAUACCAGUUACACACUGAGAUGGCCAGUUUCCUUAGUAAACAUUCUUCUCUAAGAACCAGUUUCUCAAAGCGUUGAGAUGGUUUCUGAUAGAGACAGGCUUUGUAGGUAGCCUUUGUGAUGCUGCUGGUGUAUAGUUAUCCUCAUAAAUCAGGCAGUAUUUCUGGUAGAGUUUUAGAGGGGGAAACCGACUCACUUUCCCCCUUCUGGCCUCAUCUUUAGAAUUUCUUUCAACUUUUUCUAACUUUUUCCAAGAAGUCAGGAGUACUCAGCCUUACGCCAACAGUGUUGGAAAGUCAGCAAUACCCUGAUUAGGGCAGAAUGUUAUGGACUGUCCUGGCAUAGUGAAGCAUGCCCUUUAUUUUGUUUUCAAAUAAAGUAUCAGUACUUUUUCC